AUGGCUGCUUACUAUACUGCAAAAAAAGUUUCCUCACCAGUGAAAAAGGAACAGUUUUCAGUUUUGUUUCCAUACAAGUUGAUUCCCUUGAAUAAACGAAGGCGUGCUACAGAAACGUCAUCAAACUCAUAUGAGAAAAAUGUUGUACGUACAAUCAUUGAACUUAUGCGUCAGGAGAAGCGAUAUCUUAUAGUUGAUUACAAAAAAGGACGCAUGGGCAAUAAAAUGUUCAAAUACUCAACAGCAAGAGGUUUAGCCGAAAAAUUUGGUGCCAAAACAAUAGUUCCAGCUAGUUUUUACUUACUCAAAGUGUUCAACUUGACCGCUGUUGUUGCGCAUGAUAGGCUCUACAACCAUAUAAUAGAACUAAAUAGAAAGAGAGUGAUAAAUGAAAAGUUGGCUUCCGCUUAUGAAGGAGAUAUUGUUGCAAAUCUCUUUCUGUACCCGGGAAAUCAAUUUGAAGAGAGUUUAAUCAAGAAGGAAUUUACGUUUUUGCCGCAUAUUACAAAAGCGGCUGAGGAACACCUUAACCAUAUUUCUUCGCUGCAUUCCAACGACUCCGAUCCAGGGGUAGGAAACAGAACGUACGUUGGAGUGCACAUGAGACACGGCGAUGUAGCUCAUGAAGAAUAUUACCUAUCUUAUGGAUACACAACACCAAACGAACAUUAUCUGCAAAAAGCAUUUUCGUCUAAAUACGUAAAGCCAAUUUUUGUUGUUUCAAGUGAUGAUAUGGAAUGGACAGUAAAAAUAAUUCGAAGAAGUUUAAAAGACACAAAUGAUAUAAACUUCUUGCCCUCUGCUUCCGGAGAAGUGCAUAUGGCUACACUUGCAUUAUGCAACCAUACAAUUGGAAGCACUGGUUCCUACACAUGGUGGGUUGGCUAUUUGACAGGUGGCGAAGUUUUGUACUACCAGGAUUGGCCUAGAAAAAAUACGGAGCUUGAUACACAAGUAGUAAAAGAGGAUUACUUUCCUUCUUCUUGGAAAGGAAUAUUGUAA